CAACUUUGCACUCCUUGAAGUGUUCAAACAAGACUAAGAUGUAACAGAUCCAAAUAUCAAGCUUUUGUACAAUCAACUGACUUCAACCAAUUGUUGCAUUGUGUGAGGUAUUGAGAUAUCAAACAUUGUAGUAACUGAGAAGCCAGUUCAAACCCUUAUCUAUCCGUCCACUGUACUAUCAACUUGCGUAUUUGUUGGAUGUAUAGUGGUGCAAACGGUUCUCGAAUUUACUGCCGUCUAGCGAAAGUUGUACGAACUGCAGUUGUUCAUCUCUGUACUGUACAGGUCUUGGUAUUUGAACGUUGAGUAUAGAUGAACAGUCAAAGAACUCGACUGUGAAAUGUGUAGAUAGUCAAAAUGCACUUGACAAUGAUUCAACUGUCGUUUAAUCUUACAUGAGUUUUGGUGACUUUAUGAAAAUAUACGUUGUAAUUGUUAGUUUGCACCUAGAAUUACCAAUUGACGUACUGAUAUACAUAAUAGGACGCUAAAACUUCGUAAUCUAAUAGUCAGAAGUUAUAGUUAUAAGGUAUGAGAUUUAUGUUUUUGCUCUGUAUUCUCCCAUCAGUAUAUAUUGUGUACAUGCCGUAUUGGUGCAUGUCUCUCACCAUGGCAACUGACACACGGAAGCGCGUUGCCCUGGUAACAGGAGGCGGGAGCGGCAUCGGUCGUGCCACGGCCGUCCGGUUUGCUGAGCUCGGGUACAGCUGUGUGGUGGCUGAUAUCGACGAGCCGAGCGCCAAGGAGACACUGGGCAUGCUCCAAACUCCGGGGCUCGCCGUCCAAGUGGACGUUACCAUGGCAACAAGCGUGGAAGCCAUGGUAACCGCCGCGGUCCAGCACUUAGGGCGGAUCGACUGCGCCUUCAACUGCGCCGGGAUUGAAUCAGCUCCCGCCAAAACCGCGGAUCAGCAAGAAGACGAGUUUGACCGCGUCAUGGGCGUGAACGCCAAGGGCGUGUGGCUGUGUCUGAAGUACGAGAUCGCCCAGAUGCUGCAGCAGGAGCCCGUCGUGAGUGACCCGGCGAAGUGGGCCGACAAGCCGGACGUGUGCCGCUUCCGCGGGGCGCGGGGCAGUAUCGUCAACGCCAGCAGUCUGGCAGGUCUGGUCCCACUGGCGUACACGAGCCCCUACUGCGCGUCCAAGUUCGCCGUCCUUGGGCUGACCAAGACAGCCGCGGUGGAGUACGCCAAGGACGGGAUUCGUGUCAACGCCGUCUGUCCAGGCCCCGUUGCUACUCCCAUGGCAGAUCGAGUGUUGGAACUGUCGCCACCAGAUUUGCGGGCGAAGCAGGACCCGAAGCUUUUCCCUGUCGGUCGUUUCGCGGCGCCCGAGGAGGUUGCCGAGGCUGUGUGCUGGCUCUGCAGCGACGCCUGUCCCUUCACUACUGGAGAGCACCUGAAAAUUUCGGGGGGGAUAUGA